AUGAAUAUCUACUUCAUUGUCUUUAUCUGUUAUACUCCAACGUUAUUCGCAGCACGCACUUUUCAUAUCAAUAAUCAAUGUAAUCAAAAAAUAUGGCUUGGUAUACAAGGUCAACCUUUGAUUUACUCUGGUGGAAUUGAAGUUGAAGCUAGGUCAACAAAAGAUAUCAGCGUACCAGACGGAUGGGUUGCCGGACGUAUUUGGCCAAGAACAAAUUGUCGAGACGUCAAUGGCAAAUUUACAUGUAGUACAGGCGACUGCGGUGCACCAGCAAAUGGAUUUCGUAUGACAUGCAAUGGAAUAGGUGGCCAGCCACCAGCAACACUUGCCGAAUUCACUCUAAAUGGAUGGGGUGGUUCAGAUUAUUAUGAUGUAUCGAAUGUCGAUGGUAAUUCGAUGAGCAUGACCAUUCGACCCAUUCCUGGUCAGUACACUUCAGUUAAUAAUCCGUCAUUGGGAAAAUACAAUUGUGGCGGGGCGACGUGUAUAUUUGAUCCAAAUAAAUGCCCUCCAGAAUUGCAAAUGGACGAUGGAACAGGUCGUAAAGUAUGUGCUAGUAUCUGUGCUGCAAUUUACAAUACCGAACAACGAGCACGAUUUGUUCAUCUUCAAAAUAUUUACAAUAAUCCAGAUACUCGUUCGCUCGUUUGUUGUUCAUGUGAAGGAAAUCAUUGUGUAUCACCAUAUGACAAUGUAACACCGGGUGGUAAAUGUUAUGUGGAACAAUGGCCACGAUCGACACAAAAUACACGUUAUGAUCAAGUUUUUAAAUCUCAAUGUCCCGAUGCCUAUUCGUGGGCAUUCGACGAUCUUGCUAGCACAUAUCAAUGUUCAAAAGCAAAUUAUGAAAUUAUUCUUUGUCCUAGUGAUAGUUCAGGUGGAUCAGGAGGUGGUGGUUCAACCAUCCAAUGGAACGGAAAUAAUUGGGCUCUGUCAUGUGAUUUCCGUGGAAACGAUCUCUCUAACGUCAAAAGUUCAGGACAACUUUGUAGUGAAAACUGUGCAAAAACUCAAGGAUGCACUCAUUAUACAUGGACUCAAUACAAUGGUGGUACUUGUUGGAUGAAAUCGGGUGCAGUUUCCAAAAGCGAUGCCAUUUCAACCAGUGAUUCAUCUAUGGUCUGUGGUGUAUUGAGCGACAGUCAACAAGGAGGUGGUUCAACCAUCCAAUGGAACGGAAAUAAUUGGGCUAUGUCAUGUGAUUUCCAUGGAAACGAUCUCUCUAACGUCCUAGUUACACCAGAACGUUGUGGUGGAAUGUGUGCUCAAACUCAAGGAUGCACUCACUUUACAUGGACUCAAUACAGAGGCGGUACUUGUUGGAUGAAAUCGGGUGCAGCUUCCAAAAGCGAUGCCUUUUCAACCAGUGAUCCAACGAUGGUCUGUGGUGUGAUUUAA